AUGGAGACCAUUGAUAGAUUUUGUAGAGUGGAGAGGAUUGAAAGUGUGACUGAAGCAGGUGGUGAUUUCCUCGGUAGCUUAUUCUCUGGUGUCUCAAGCAGCCCAAAGAAAUCUCUUGUUGACUCACUCUUUAACUUUGAACAUGAAGUUCCUGAAGGAGCUGAAUCCAGGCCUAGAGGACUUAGGGACACUGAGAAUUCCAAGUCGGAAGACAACCCAAGAGAUGAACCCAGUUCAGCAAGUGGUAUUGUCAACAGUGUCCCUGGUGGUAAAGAAUUUCUUGGUACUACUUCAGAUAAAAAUAAAAUUGGUAGGGGUCCAUCUGGUCAAAUUGGAUUUGAAGUGAAUGCUGGCUAUGGUUCUGCUGCCAGGGAAACAGAUAGCACCGGCACAAUAAGUGGGGUUAGACUUAGUAGUAGUGGCUGCAGAGAUUUGGCAUUUGGUUUAGGCACAUCUGUACAAAAGGGAUUGGAAAUUAGCAGCAGUAGAUUUAUCGAAGGUGAUACUACUUUGAGAAGUGAGAAUCAGUAUGGUGGUGGUAGAUAUGGAAAUAUGAUAUCCAAUUUAUUGGCUUCUAUUGAGAAGGGACUUGGAAUCAAUAAAAUUGGUUGGAAUGAAUUGAGUGACAGUGCAUCUGUUGGGGCUCAAGUCAAAGGCCCUGGACUUGAGGCCAGUAGCUCAGGAAAGCAAAGUUCUCUUGAUUUAAAACUUGGAGGAAAUAAGGUUGGAGCUCAAAUUGGUCUUGGAUUAUCUAUUUCAAAUCAGUUUGGUGACAAUGCCCUUAGUGAUCAUGGAAUCAAAGGUGUUACCACUACAAAAAAGAGGGAUAAUAUUGGCAUAUUAGGAAUAUUAGGCCUUGGUUCUAAGAAAUCUGAUCCAAAGGAACCUGAAAGCAGUGGAUCUGAUGCCAGUGGCUCAGUGAAAAAGCCCUGGUUACUUGAUUUUGGAUCUGGAGAAAGGAAGGGUAGAGAUGUUGGUCUUGGAGAUUCUAGUUCAAACACAGUUGCUGACAAUGGACUUAGUGAAAAUGGAACAAAAGGUGGCUCAAGUGAAAAAAGUGGGGUUGAAUAUUCUGGUGUUCUCUCUGAAGAUUCAGGCGCCAAUCUGGGGUCAUCUGAUCAACAGGGAUUUGGCAUCAGUGCAACUGAUGGGAAUGGAAAGAGUAGCAGUGGAUCUAAUGGGGCUGGAUACUUGAGCCCUGGAUCUGAUAUCAGUGGCUCAGGAAGCAACACUUUGUAUUCUGGUUCUGAAAGUGAUAGAGGAAGGAAGGGUGCAGCUGAAUUUGGUGCUUCUGGAGUGAACGAACUUGGUGAAACUGGCCUUAGUGGUACAGGUGAAGCUUUUACCUGGGGCUCAGGUGCAUAUAAAGCUUUCAAUGGCCGCAUCUUUUCCUUGGUGUCUUCAUGUCCAUUCACUUUCUGCCGUCACUGUGUUGAGUCUGGAGGAGACUUCAAUAUUGAGAUGAAAAGAAAUAAUGAGAAUGAGAUUGAGAAGAUAAAAGUUUUGAUUGACAAUAAUGACAUCUCUAUUUCUGGGGACACUAUAUCAGUUAAUGAAGAAAGGGUAAAUAUACCAUAUAACAAUAAGUUGAUUCACAUUAAAAAACAUGGAGAAUAUAAUGUCCUGAAGAGCCGCAGAGGAAUCCUGUCUUUAAUAUGGAAAAAUAACACAUUCUCACUCAAUCUUCAUAAGCAAUAUCCAACUUGUGGUCUUUGUGGCAACUUCAACAGUACUCCAGGUCAAGAUAUUAGUGAGCACAUUGCCAAUAGUAAAAUUCCUGGUGAUUGUUCCAGUGCUGUUAGUAAAAGCUAUGAAAUUUGUGAAGAUGGAGUACAGUACUGUAACAAAGUUAUUGGAACCUACUUUGAGAAAUGUGAAAAAGUUGCCACUGUAUCCAAUGGCUACAAGAAAGUCUGCAUUGAUGAGUACUGCCAAAAUGGAGACAAAAAUUCUACGUGUGACACUUACUCAGAAUUGUCCCGUCUCUGUGCCUCGGAUGGGCCUGGCAUCUUUGAAAACUGGAGAGAGGAUUCUGAUGUAGUUUGUGAAAAGCAUGCAUGCCCAGAAAGUUAUAUCUACAAAGAAUGUGGACCCUCAAAUCCUGCAACUUGUUCUAAUGUGGCUCCUUUUCAAGACGGUGAAUGUGUGAGUGGCUGCACCUGCCCAGAAGGUUAUCUAUUGGAUGAUAUUGGAGAGAAAGGAAAAUGUGUACUAAAGGAUAGUUGUCCCUGUGAAUCUAAUGGAAAAGUGUAUCAGCCAGGAGAAGUCCGAGAAGGUCCUUGUGGUUCUCAGUGCACGUGCCAAGAUGCAAAGUGGUCUUGCACUGAGGCCUCGUGUCCUGGAAGAUGUAAGGUGGAAGGAAGUUUAGUUACCACUUUUGAUGGAAAUAAAUACAACCAUCCUGGAAACUGUCACUUCUUGGCCAUCCAUGAUAAAGAUUGGUCUGUUAGUGUUGAACUUCGUCCAUGUAAAACCGGUCAGACGGGAACGUGCUUAAAUAGUGUCACACUUGCCUUGAAUUCUUCUGUUUCAGUUGACAAAUUCACAAUCAAUAGUGAUGGAACAGUGACAAGUGACAUGGUUAGAAAUCGAGGUUACUACUAUUCAGAUAAAAUACAGAUCUUCAAAGAAUCUACUUCAUAUAUUCAAGUACAAACAGACUCUCAUAUAAAAAUGCAAGUACAAAUUGUUCCUGUAAUGCAAUUAUAUAUUUCCAUGCCACCCAACCAGUUCACAGAUACUGUAGGACUCUGUGGUUCCUACAACAACAAAGCUGAGGAUGAUUACAUGUCAAGUCAGAAUAUAUUGGAGAAGACCUCUCAGGCAUUUGCUAGUUCUUGGGAAAUGAUGCCCUGUCCUAAAGGAAACCCUUCUUCAUGUAUCAGUAUAGAAAAAGAAAAGUUUGCUGAAAGUAACUGUGAAAUUCUUCUUGAUUCAAGUGGGCCUUUUGCUUCCUGCCAUUCAAUUGUGAACCCUAAAUUCUAUCAUGAGGAAUGCAAAAAAUACACUUGCUCUUGUGAAAAGAGUCAGGACUGCCUGUGUACGAUUUUAGGCAACUAUGUGAAAGCUUGUGCUGAGAAGGAAACACACUUAGAUGGAUGGAGAACAGGACGCUGUGAACAAUCUUGUCCAAGUGGCCUAGUUUUCAAAUACAAUGUAAAAGCCUGCAAUAGUUCUUGCCGAUCAUUGUCAGAGAGAGAUAGGAGCUGUGAUGUAGAAGAUAUUCCAGUUGAUGGAUGUACUUGCCCAGACGGAACAUACCAGAAUAAUGAAGGGAACUGUGUUCAGAAAUCUCAAUGUGACUGCUACAUAAAUGAUGAGGUUGUACAACCAGACAAAACCAUCCAAAUUGAUGACAAUAAAUGUGUCUGUCAGGAGGGAGUUCUUCUUUGCCAAAUUCCCAUCAAUUUAACCCUACAAAAUUGUUCUGGAGGGGCUGAGUAUGUAGACUGCAGUGAUCCCAAGGCACAGAGAAGAACUGAUAAAACAUGUUCCACUUGGAACAUACCUGCUUUUGAUGAGAACUUGCCUUGCAAACGUGGGUGCUACUGUCCAGUUGGGAUGGUUAGAAAUUCUAAAGGGAAGUGUGUCUUUCCUGAUGAUUGCCCAUGCUCUUUUGGGGAACGAGAAUAUGACCAAGGAAGUGUCACUUCGGUUGGCUGCAAUGAAUGUACUUGUAUAAAAGGAUCUUGGAAUUGCACACAAAAUGAAUGUCAGACCACCUGCCACAUCUAUGGGGAAGGUCAUAUUAGAACUUUUGAUGGGAAAAGUUACAGCUUUGAUGGUCUCUGCCAGUAUUCAUUCCUUGAGGAUUACUGUGGUCAAGAAAACGGCACAUUCCGUAUUUUAACUGAGAGUGUCCCUUGCUGUGAAGAUGGGCUUACCUGCUCAAGGAAAAUCAUAGUUGCCUUUAAGGAUCAGAAUAUUGUCUUACAAGAUGGGAAAGUCACAACAGUCAAAACUACAGAGAGUAAAGAAUGUGAACUCAGCGAAAAUGCCUACUCUGUACAUACUGUGGGCUUGUACUUGAUUCUGAAACUUCAAAAUGGAAUGAGCCUGAUUUGGGACAAAAACACAAGAAUCUCUGUUUUACUGGAUCCACAGUGGCAAGGCAAAGUAUGUGGUCUUUGUGGAAAUAACAAUGGGGACCUCAAAGAUGAUUUCACAACAAGGUACUCAUCAGUGGCUACUGGAGCACUGGAAUUUGGAAAUAGUUGGAAAACAAGUCAGGAAUGUUCCGACACAGUAACUCAGAGUUUCCCAUGUGACUCAAACCCAUACUGCAAAGCCUGGGCUGUACGGAAAUGUGAGAUCAUCAGAGACAGCACCUUCACUGACUGCCACAGCAAGGUUGACCCCAAUGCUUACUAUGAAGCAUGCAUUGAAGAAGCCUGUGCAUGUGACAUGGAGGGGAAGUACCAGGGCUUUUGUACUGCGGUAGCAAUGUAUGCAGAGGCAUGCAGUGCAGCUGGAGUCUGCGUCUCCUGGAGAAAGCCGAACCUCUGUCCUGUCUACUGUGAUUACUACAACGCACCUGGGGAAUGCAGCUGGCAUUAUGAACCUUGUGGUACCGUGACAGCAAAGACAUGCAAGGAUCGGGUCAUUGGCAAGAAGUUUUCUGCGGUUCUAGAAGGUUGUUAUGCCAAAUGCCCAGAAAGUGCUCCCUAUCUGGAUGAGAACACCAUGAAAUGUGUCAGUUUAUCUGAGUGCAGCUGCUUCUAUAAUGACAUCAUUCCAGCAGGGGGAGUCAUUGAAGAUAAUUGUGGAAGAACAUGCAAUUGUAUUGCUGGGGAGUUGGAGUGCAGUGUUUCCACGACAACAGCUACCUCCAUUUUAAGCACUAAAGCAGGCUCUACUUCAGGUCCUAUCACCUCCACAGCUGCAAGUACAGGCACCACAGCUCAACCGAGCCCCAGCUUCACCAGUUCUAGAGUCACCACAGGGACAACUGGAGAGUCUCCAGCUGUAACCACAGCAGCUGGCAAUGGGAGUACAAGUGAGACAGCCUUCACAACAGGAGGAGCAGGAAGCCCAACUGCAUCAACACUUAGUGGGAAGGAAGGUAGCACACCUGGGGAACAUAGCACUGAGUCUACAAGCCCAGGAAACUCAGGGACCACAGGAGUGACCACAGGCUCUACCACUGCCAGUCCUUCAGCCUCAGCUACAGGAGCUUCAACCUCUGCAAGCUUAACCUCAGGAGGAACUUCAAGUCUAAUAACACAAAAAUCUGGUGGGGUGGAAGGCAGCACACCAAGGGAACUGAGCAGUACAGCUGUAAAUCCAGGAGAUUCAGCAACAAGUAGAGAAGCAGAUACGUCCACUACCAUCUCUGUUGAUGAAAACACUUCUGGAAGAACAGGAACAUCUGGGACAUCAUCUGGAGUAAUCCCUGAAGCCCAAGGUGGCAGCACUCCUAGAGAAGCAGGCACUGGAGCCACAAGUUCAGGGACCACAGGAAUGCCUGUAGCCUCUACCACUGCCAGCCCUAGAGACUCAGGAACUAGUGGACCAUCAGUUGGUGAAACAACUAGAUCCCCAAGCACUGAAGUGACAUCACCUAAAGAGCACUCAGGCACUGCUGAAACUUCAGUUACAAUCUCUUCCACAGCUGGAAGUGAAGGCACCACAACAAAACUGAGCCCUGGCUUCACUAGUACUGGGGUCACAGCAGGUACAACAGGAAAGUCCCUGGGAGUCACCUCAGGAGCAGUCAGGGCCAGCACAUCUGGACCAUCAGGCACUGGGGCCACCAGUGCUGAAAGCCCAGCAGGAACAAGUGGAAGAGCUGACACAGCCACCACUGUCUCUGCUGGUGAAAACACUUCUGGAAGGGCAGGUACAUCUGGGACAUCAGCUGGAACAACCCCUGAAGCUCGAGGUAGCAGUACCCCUGGAGGAGGAGGCACUGGAGCCACAGGUACAAGUGAGGUCCACCAGGUUGGAUGUGAUGCAUUAGGAGUUUCCAUCCAUGCCCUUCUGCAGCAGAUGUAG